AUGGAUAAUAGUACAACACCGUCAAGAACGGCUGCAACCAGCUCACCGAGCACUGUAAAUACUCCUGCCAUUUUGUCUGACAUGCAGAUCUACAAAGCGACAUAUUCCGGGGUGGGUGUAUGGGAGUUCAGAUGCAAAGAUGGAUGGUUGAACGCCACCCAAAUACUCAAAGUAGCUGAUUUCGAUAAGCCACAUCGAACUAGGAUUUUAGAACGUGAAGUCCAGAAGGGUGAUCAUGAAAAAGUCCAGGGAGGGUAUGGAAAAUAUCAAGGUACUUGGGUUCCCUAUCCAAUAGGCGUAGAGUUAGCAGCAAAGUACGGUGUCAAAGAAGUUUUACGACCAAUAAUAGACUUUGUACCAACUGCCGAUAGUCCCCCAUUAGCACCCAAGCACGUAACAGCGGCAUCGAAUAAACCACGUAAACCACGUGAACCAAAAGAUACAAAACCCAUCAAACCACGCGUAACGAAGAAAUCUUUAAAAAAAGAACGCCUCGAAUCACCUCGUGUCGAGCCAGUAGAAGAAACAGAUGCAGACACAAACGAACUAAUCAGCGCGGCCUCCCCACAAUCCACUCACACAUCAGAAGUAUCUUCGCUUUCCCAUACGCCGGCUCAGUUAGACUCGGCAAACGAAUCAACUGAAUCGGAUGUUGGGUCAUCCAUACAAAGAGCACGACGAAAGAGAAGAAAUGGUAAUGACCACAAUGGACGUUCUCACAAGCUAUCAAGAACCUCUCUUUCUCAGUCUAUAGCCAGACAUUAUGGAGAAGCAAUGUUACGGUAUUUCACCACAAAUGCUGCACAAAUACCAGACUUUAUCAUAAACCCGCCCGUCGACUUUGAUCCCAACGUAGUCAUCGAUCAGCAGGAUCAUACGGCACUACACUGGUCGGCUGCAAUGGCAAACAUAGAAAUGGCAAGAUUAUUAAUACAAGCGGGAGCGCGGAUUGAUGCUCAGAAUAUGCAUGGCGAAACAGCAUUAAUGCGGAGUGUCAUGUUUCCAUAUAACCAAGAAAAUAAUGUAUUCGAUCAACUGCUGGACUUGCUUCACCAAACGAUUGGUCUAACAGAUCACAAUAGGCAAAAUGUAUUGCAUCAUAUAGCGAUUGCGGCUGGAGCAAGGGGUCGAGUAGGACCAUCGAAAUAUUACAUGGAGCUGGUUCUACGGCGACUAGCAGAACAUUCGGACGAGCGCAUUCGCUUGUUUGUCAUCAAUUGCAAGAAUUCGCUCGGAGACACUACGUUAGUAAUUGCAGCAAAACAUGCUAAUAAAAAACUGGUACGUCUUUUAAUGGACCACGGAGCCGAUCCCACUAUUAGAAACAAAGAAGGUAAAAAUGUAGAAGACUACAUUUUAGAAUUAGAUGCUGAAGCUAGAAUACGUGCUAGUUCUCUUCCCAGUCCGAGUCCGUGCUCGCAUCCGUACAAUAAUUGCGAUACGAUUCCUCCACCGGCUUCAUCAUCGGCGUUGAAUGGCUUACGAGGGACUCGAGAAAACUUGCUGCCAAGUGCUACUCAAAUAAUGCAAGAAUUUCAAUCAUCAUAUGAUGAACGGCUGCGGUCGUUAGACGACGAACUGGGAAAGAUGCAACAGAAGUUGGCGCAGUGUCAGAAGGAUAUGGAGGCUGGAAAACAGGUGGCUGAGGAAAUAAAUAAAAAAGCACAAGAAAUAAGCGGGAUGAAGAAGAAGGUGGCUGAGCUAGAGUGGUUUGUGAAAGAGGAAAUUAAAAAGAAUAGGGGGUUGAGGUUGGAGGAAAUGGUCAAUGAAGAAAUGGAGAAAGAGGACAAGGCGGUUGUAUGUAAUGGAGGCAAGCUGGAGAUGGUCGAUAAACUUCGCAACGAACUGCACGAAAUACAAGAAACACGAAACCAAGCAAUAUCUACUCUUACAGAGAAAAUAAUUCACCGUGACGAUAGACUUAUCCGAUACAAACUCUUACUGCGACUGGCCUCGUCCUUGUCGCCGGAAAUUAGUUCUCUCGAGAAAAGCUUGGAUACACUUGUAAUGACUAAUCUACCUGCAGCAGAGUGA